CAGUUGUGGUGCUGACUGAGAUGCGCCUCGGGUUCCUGAAACCUGCUAGCAGAACUCGGUUCGGACUUCGAUAGGAAAUCCUGCCAGAAGAGGAAGGUCGGCAACAACAACACUGCCCAGAGAACACAUGCGGAGGGGCUUGACGAUGUCCGCGACUUCCGAGCAUAAAUGUUUAAGGGCCUGAGUGACGGUCGCCUGUGCCUGCUCGUCUCCCGAAGCCGAGCACGGCGCUUCGAAUCUCCUACAGCUCGCUCCUCGAAUCUUCCCUUACUUGAACAUCAUGCAGCUCAAGAACCUGGCCUUCGUGGCCCCCUUGCUGCUCGCGAUCGCCCACAGCGCGCCCACGCAGACAGGCGAGAUCGCCAAGAAGGGCGAGCUCGUAAAGGACGCCGACGAGAUCUGGCUCUGGAAGAAAGACGAGCUGCAGAAGGACGCUGACGCCAUCUGGCUGUGGAAGAAGGACGAGCUGACCAAGGACGCGGACGAGAUCUGGCUGUGGAAGAGGGGCGAGCUGAAGGCCAAGCUGCAGAAGGAUGCCGACGAGAUCUGGUUGUGGAAGAAGGACGAGCUGGCGAAAGACUCGGACGAGAUUUGGCUCUGGAAGAAGGGCGAGCUGAAAGGCAAGUUGCAGAAGGACGCGGACGAGAUCUGGCUGUGGAAGAAGGACCAGUUGGGCUCGAAGAAGCUCGUCAAGGAUGCCGACGAGAUUUGGCUUUGGUAGCCGCGUAUCCAAAUCAGGCAUGCCGCUGAUGGGAACUUUACUGCGGCGCAGUGCUGUUGGCAUUGAAAAGGCUAAGCUAUGAAAGAUCCGGCUCAUAUGCAACCGUCGUACCCGCCCAGAAAGGCGUCGCUUCGAAUCGAACUGCCUCGCUCGCAGGGUCGUACCGCCCCGGCACAUAUACCCAUGGCCGGCCUUGCUCUCCUCUGGCAUUAUCUCGCAUGCAUCACGAUGCUUAAGUGAUGGCGAGGCAGACACG